AGAAAGGCUUUGCAGAUGGUGAUGAAGGCCGAGCUUCAGGCCUCCAACCAAACACACCUCCGGCAGGUCUCGAGGCAAAAUUUGGUCAGGGUGGCAACCAAGCAGCCCUUCUCCAAACAUAGUUUCAGAACUGUGUAUCGAAGGUGCAGGCGUGACAGGCGCCUCCACGCGGCGGCGAUCAUGGCCGCGGCCCUCCGCCCCCUGCUCCGCCGGCACGCAGUUCUGCCGCCAUCUUCGAUGCUGCGCUGUCUAUUCCCCGCACCGUACUCCAAGGCCGCCGCCAGACCCCCAGCCGUGUGCCACGCGCCCCUGCCGCCUCCCCUUCUGAGGGAGGUUACUCCAAGGAGGGCUCCUCCAAUUCCAAAGGGUGAACCACGCUGCUGCACUGCUGUUCAAAGUACAAAGUCGUUGCUGGAUAAACUGAAGGAUCUCAAGGACAGUAAGAAGCCACUGGACAACAUGGAAAAGAAUAUUAAGGAGCGUAGGGAAAUGAUAAAGAAAGCGCUGCAUGACUCUAGGGUUGCUAAUUCUAUGUUUAGGGUAAGACUGGAUGGCCUUAGGAAACUUCUUGCCAAAAUACGUGAUGGCCGAGAGGAUUCCGCCAGAAUCAAUGCAAUAUACCGCAGAUUGGAGGAUGACUAUGACAAAGAUUGGGCCAUCCAUGAGUCUAAGGGUCGCUUGAUUGACGAACAGAUGAAAAUGUUAUGGAAGGAUGGAGAUGACUAUAUCAAUGCUUUGAGGGAGUAUCAUGAAUUGCAAAUAUCCAUCCUGAAGCAUGCGGAGGAGGUGGAGGAGGCGGAGAAGGUGGAGGAGGUAGAGAGCAUGGAGAGGGUGGAGGAGGUAGAGAACAUGGAGAAGGUGAAGAAGGUUGCAAAAGUGUGUGCCGCUGCUGGCCUCAUGGGAGGGCUUCUGUUUAUACUGGGAAAGAUCUAGAUUGGUCUUGUGUAGAACUGAGAUGACAGAUAUGACUAGGCUGAGCUGGUAUUUGGAGUAGCAGAGUAACAUUUUACUAUUUCUUGGUUUCUCUCUGUGUGCCGUUGUAAUGGUGCAUUCGUGGGAAGGCUUGCACGGAUACUAGCAAAGAUCUGGAUUAGAGGAACAUGGAGUCCUUCUUUUUGUUUUGGAGUGGCCAGAUGACUAUGUUGAGCUGGUAUUUGGUGUAGUGUGGUAGUUAUUGACUGUUUCCUUGGUUAGUAGUGUAUGUGCCGUUUGUGGUGCUUGUUAGAACCUGCAAGAGAAGCUAUAAGAGAAAGCCAAGUGAUAGGAUUGUCAUAUUGCAGUCGUCUCAAAGUAACACUAGAAUACAACUCAUUUUAUGCGCCC